AAUGCGCGCGAUUGUGAUUGGAGCAACAGUCACUCUUUACUUGCGUUUGGAGCUGUACAGUUGCCCGCUGAUUGUCUCCAGCUGGUUCUUUAACGAAUGGAACACUGAUUUGACAUGACAUUUUAAAGCUUGGACCAAAAAAACCCAAACACCGGCUGGAUGAGUGGGCCAAGUUUUACCCCGCCUGCUGAGGUGGCUGAGAUAAACCGCAUCCAUUAUGAGCUGGAGUACACAGAGGGCAUCAGCCAGCGCAUGCGAAUCCCUGAGACCCUCAAGGUGGCGCAGGAGAGCGGAUUGGGGCCCGCUCUACUUCAGCCACCUCUACCGGUUCACACAACACUGAUGCAGGUUCCUGAAAGAAUUGUUGUUGCAGGUGUCGAUGGAGAGUCGAGGUUUGUUCAACCAAGAGAUUUAGAUCUAAUUCAGUCAGUUCCAUCGGUGGACCUCCUGAACAUGAAGGCCCCGCCGCGUAUCCUCACCCUUACAGAACAACCGCUGGACUCUCUGGAAACGGACCAAGCUGCCAACUCACAGAGUAAUCCCAGCCAAACUGCCAGUUAUAACACCCGCUCUCGGAGGGAACGCAGCGCAAGUGAGAACAUACCAGGUCGUCAUGGCAGCCAUUGUAGCAGAGGGGAUGUAAGCGUAACCCCCUCCCCCUCCGCCCCCCCUGUCCGCCUCUGUCCUCCCCUCUGUUCUCCAGAAGACGCAAACAUCAACCUGUAUACAGCUGCUGGGUUUCUGUCUUACGUUCAGUCAACGACACGCCGUGCUUACCAGCAGGUCCUCGAACUCUUGGACGAUAGCCACCGGAGAACCCACUUGGACUUGGCUUUGGAUAUGAACCCUGACGAAUCUGGCUUGGUUGAUGCUUCAUCGCUGCGGCGUCAGAUUGUGAAGCUCAACAGACGUCUGCAGCUGCUGGAGGAAGAAAACAAAGAGCGCUCCAAGCGGGAGGUGGUCCUGUACUCGGCCACGGUGGCGUUCUGGCUCAUUAACACGUGGAUCUGGUUUCGUCGCUAAGCCAGAAUUCAGCCCGAAUCUCCAAAAACACUGGAAGCCAAAAUUUCAAGAUUAUCUCUGACUAGGUAACACCUGAACCAAUGAAACCAGAAAGUGCUCAAAAUUUGGAAAAAGUCUUUACUUUUCCAAAUUUUGGAAAAGUAGUUGUAGAUGCUAAAGAGCAUCUACAGCUCUUUAGCUGUAGAUGCUUUCUGGAUGUGCUCUGUACACUCGGUGUAUAUAUCAUGUUCUUGCUAGUUAUUACCCACAAAUUGAAGCCCAGCCAUCUUGAUUUUAUUUUGUGAGCUGUUGCCCCUGUUGUCAAAUUUAAAACUCGUUAUCUGACUGAGUUAAAAUUAUUUUACUGUGGCUAUUAAUGAAUAAUCCUGACACCAAACACUGAGACAAAGCUCACUACAAGUCAGCUAAAAUGUUAAAAUAUUACAAAAAAGGGUGAAACUAUAAAAUAAAAAAUAACAAUGGUGUUCAAUUGACAGCAACAAUCAGUUUGCAAAUAUUUAUAGUACCAUAUAUUCUAAAGGAAGAGUGUUCAUAAUAUCAAUUCCCGUUUUACACUCUAAUUAUUUUUAAAUAUUUGCAUAUUUUGAACAACAGGUUUUUCCUGUGCAAGGUAACCUUUACACAGGUAGGGGAAUUUAAAGGCUUGAACAGAAAACAAAAGAGACUUGUACUAGUAAAACCGAAACUCAUCUGUUACUGACUGGCCUCUGUUAAACUGAGCAGCACGUGUUUGAAAAGACUCACAGACUAACGAGGAUUUCUUUAAGUGACUAAAGUUUUAGGUCUCUGACCUAAACUGAAAUGUGGGUCCCCUGCUGUGGCCAUCACUAACCAUUCGUAAAGUGUCAAAAUAUGAAUAAUUCUGCAGAUGCCAUAGCCAUUUCCCUGUACGUCACAUGUUUAGGAGAUUCUCAUAUGUUUUAUAUGAACAGUGUGUCUGGGUGGGGGGAAGGCUUACUAUGAUCUGUUAUGUGAAGAUUUCACAUACUAUUCACAGAGUUGGAGCUGUUUUUUUGUUUGUUUGUUUAUUUGUUUUGUUUCUGAGAUUAAAGCUAUUAAUCCCAUUGUUUUAUUCAUCAUGAAUUUUGCUGUAAAUCCAGGAGCCAACGUGUUCAUGCUCAGGUGUAGUAGAUGGAUACUUGUUUUUGAAUAGCAUAUAUUCAUCAGUUGUGCAUCCUUCUUAUGUGAAGAUUACAUACAUAUAUAUUAAUAUUUAUUUAAAGCGAGAAUACGUUAGGUUAAUAUUUGUUUCUAAUUUAUUCAUUUGUGAAAUGUCUGUAAAUAUUAUUGCUAUAAUAAAUGCUGGAGGUCCAUUUCCUCAAAA